AUGUUCGAGGAGAAGCUCCUUGUGGGCAUCGCGAGCACUUGCUCGGCUUUGGCCAUCUGCGCCACCCUCAUCGUCAUCCCCAGCUUGUACAACGAGAUCAACGAGGUCCACAACGCCGUCCUCGAUGGCGUCAACGUCUUCCGCGUGGAGACCGACUCGGCCUGGACCCAGAUGAUGGACAUCCAGAUCGUCGUCACCCCGCCGUCCAAGCCCAGAGAGAACCCCUUCAACUCCAUCUUCCGUCAGAAGCGUCAAAACUUUGCCGGACUUCCGGCCUGGUGCCAGUGCGAGCCGACGAAGCCGCAGUGCCCGCCCGGACCGCCUGGACCUCCUGGAGAGCCCGGACAGCCUGGACAGCCUGGACCACCUGGAGCCCCCGGUGACGACAACAAGCAGACGUACGCCCCGCUCACCUGCCCGCCCCAAGACACCGCCUGCAUCAAGUGCCCUCAGGGCCCGCCUGGACCCGCUGGACCCGACGGAAACCAGGGACCCGCCGGCCCCGACGGACAACCCGGACCUGCCGGAAACCCCGGCAACGACGGCCAGCCCGGCCCCGCCGGCCCGGCCGGAGAUUCCGGAGCCCCCGGCCAGCCUGGAGGCCCUGGACAGCCAGGAGCCCCCGGUAAAGAUGGACAACGCGGAAGGGGACAGCCCGGACAGAAGGGACCCGCUGGACAGCCUGGACCACAGGGACAACCUGGACAGAAUGGAAACGAUGGACAGCCCGGAGCCCCUGGACCUCAGGGACCCCCCGGCCCGGCCGGCAGCCCCGGAAACGCCGGUGGAGAUGGACACCCCGGUGGCCCUGGAGGCCCCGGACUCCCCGGAACCGAUGCGGCCUACUGCCCUUGCCCACCUCGCUCGGCCGUGUUCGUCAACCGCUUCGCCAAGAAGCAC